CGCACGACAAAGACAGCCGCCGGCCGUCGAAGCGCGCGCCGCCGUACACCCUCUCUCUCCGGCCGCCUCGCCGUCCCCCGCGGAUAAGGUUCAGCUGCGGACGAUGGACCAGAUGAAUGCUGCGGCAAGUCUAGAACCGAGAGCGAAGGCCACCCUGGUUCUCAGAGGGGAAUCGUUCACAGUCAGCUCUGAGUCAGGUACCCUGUCGGAGCAGCUGGCGGCGAUGCGGGAGAAGAGCAUGGUGAUCCUCAAGGGCUACAUAACCAAGCACAACGCUCCGAACGAUGUCCCUGAUGAAUCCAUCGAGGGCUCAUCCGAUGAGGAGGGCGAAGCGCUUGCUAAAAAUCCUCUGAAGAAAUCUAGGAAGCAGAGGUGAUCGUCCUAAAUCUCAUCCGAUGUAUCGCGCUCUUUGUUAGUCCCCUCAUUCAAGUAUCAGAGAACAUGCUGUUGUCCCUUGCUAGCUAAUGUUAGGCACUAGCUGCUUGUUUAUGGAAUUGUUAUCUGAAGAUAUGUGCAGGGGAAGGUCGCACUUUUCUGUACAACUCGUCUGUCAGAUGUUUUGCUUUGGAGGAGAAUAUAUGAGCUUCAGCACAAAAGUUAUUUGCUGUUAAAUGUCCAUCUUCAGUAAGGCGCCAACAACUUAAUUGAAAUCCAACAAGCAGCAGGUCCUGAUAGCAGUCAAAAUUUCUGUUUCAUGAAAAGUAUAUUGUGUUCUAGUGUAUUAUCUGUACACAUGCAUCCAACUGUGGGGGUAAAAAUGAUUCUAGCACACUCCA